AUGGAAGGUUCGGCUGAUCAAGCUACGCAAGCGAUUUCGAAAUUAUCCAUGGAUUCUACUGCUGGCGCUAGUGAUGGAGCUGGAGCUGGAGCUCAGAGUAAAAAUGCUCUGAAGAAGGAACUGAAGAUGAAGCAGAGAGAGGAAGAGAGGAAACGCAAGGAAGAGGAAAAGGCCAAACUGGCUCCCAAAGCAAGCUCCCAGAGCCAGAAAGCAGUGGCAGCAGAUGAUGAGGAUAUGGAUCCGACGCAAUACUUUGAGAACAGAUUGAAAUACCUUGCGGCAGAGAAGGCUAAAGGGAUUAAUCCAUACCCUCAUAAGUUCUCUGUGUCAUUGUCCAUUCCUGAGUACAUUGAGAAGUAUGGUAGUUUGAACAAUGGGGAUCAUGUUGAAGACGCUCAAGUUUCUCUAGCUGGGAGGAUAAUGAGCAAGCGAUCUUCCUCUUCCAAGCUCUUCUUCUAUGAUCUGCACGGUGAGGACUUCAAGGUCCAGGUUAUGGCUGAUUUAAGCAAGUCAGAAUUGGAUGAAGCUGAGUUUUCAAAGCUCCAUGCGAAUACCAAGCGUGGUGAUAUUGUUGGUGUCACUGGGUUUCCAGGAAAAACUAAGAGGGGAGAAUUGAGUAUCUUCCCCAGAUCAUUUGUUGUUUUGUCCCAUUGCCUCCACAUGAUACCGAGAGCGGACAAUCUUACUGCAAAGAAACCUGAAAACUGGGUUCCAGGUCAACCGAGAAAUCCUGAAUUAUAUGUUCUGAAAGAUCAGGAAUCUCGAUAUCGCCAGCGUCAUCUUGAUCUGAUGACGAACAUUGAAGUUCGCCAUAUAUUCAAAACCAGAGCUAAUAUCGUUUCCUACGUUCGCAGAUUCCUUGACAACCAAAGAUUUUUGGAGGUUGAGACACCUAUGAUGAACAUGAUUGCUGGUGGAGCUGCUGCCCGACCAUUUGUGACACAUCACAACGAUCUAGAUAUGAGGCUGUACAUGCGUAUCGCACCUGAGCUCUAUCUUAAGCAACUUAUCGUUGGUGGCUUGGAGCGUGUUUAUGAGAUCGGAAAGCAAUUCAGAAACGAGGGUAUUGACCUGACCCACAAUCCGGAGUUCACCACUUGCGAGUUCUACAUGGCUUUCGCUGACUACAACGACCUGAUGAAGAUGACUGAGGAUAUGGUGAGUGGCAUGGUGAAGGAACUAACAGGUGGUUACAAAAUCAAGUACCAUGCUAAUGGGUAUGAUAAGGAGCCAAUCGAAAUCGACUUCACUCCUCCAUUCAGGAGGAUUCAGAUGAUAGGAGAGCUAGAGAAGGUGGCUAACCUCAACAUACCAAAAGACUUGGCUAGCGAAGAAGCUAACAAGUAUCUGAUUGAUGCUUGUGCGAGGUUUGAUGUGAAAUGCCCUCCUCCUCAGACAACAGCUCGUCUGUUAGAUAAACUUGUUGGAGAAUUUCUGGAAGUGACAUGUGUGAAUCCAACUUUCAUCAUCGACCAUCCAGAGAUCAUGAGUCCCUUGGCAAAAUGGCACAGAUCGAGCCCUGGUUUGACUGAGAGAUUUGAGCUGUUCAUCAACAAACAUGAACUCGCCAACGCCUACACAGAGCUGAAUGAUCCUGUGGUACAGCGCCAGCGUUUUGCUGAUCAGCUCAAGGACCGACAAUCUGGUGACGAUGAAGCAAUGGCUUUAGAUGAGACAUUCUGUAAUGGUUUGGAAUAUGGAUUGGCUCCUACAGGUGGUUGGGGAUUGGGAAUAGACAGACUUACUAUGCUUUUUACUGACUCACAGAACAUCAAGGAGGUUAUUCUCUUCCCGGCAAUGAGGCCACAGGACGAUCCAGCAGCAGCUAAAGCUCCUUUGCAACCAGAGACUAACAAAGGAGAGUAG